AUGCAAGGAUCCACAAAGAUACCCAUUACUGAUCUCAAUGAGCAUAUUACAUGUAAAAUAUGCAAUGGCUAUUUCAUAGAUGCUACUACCAUAAUUGAAUGUUUACAUACAUUUUGUCGCAGUUGCAUUGUUAAAUUUCUGGAAAAGAACAAAUACUGUCCAGUUUGCGAUGUUUUGGUUCACAAGACAAAACCAUUACUCAACAUCAGAUCAGAUAAAACUAUACAAGACAUUGUCUACAAACUGGUACCGAGAUUAUUUCAAAAUGAGAUGCAAAAAAGACGGACAUUUUACGAAAAUCACCCAGACAGUAAGCCAACCAGUUUGGAACAGUGUGGUGAAGCUUCUUAUCAGUACUUGUUGACUGCAGAAGAAAGUAUAUGUUUGACACUCAGUUACCAUGGUUCUGAUAAUAAACCAAGGUAUCUACGUUGUCCAGCAGCUGUUUCUGUUGGCCAUCUGAAGAAACUCAUAAGAGCAAAAUAUGAUCUUUCUGAUAAUCAUAAAGUCGACAUUCUUUAUAAUCAAGAUUGCCUUAAUCAUAACCUCACCUUGAUGGAUGUCGCAUAUAUCUAUUUGUGGAAGAGGAAAGAACCCAUGCAACUCACCUACAGGAUAUAUGAAUGCACGGCAAAGAAACCAAAAUUAGACCAUGAAAACGCUGAUACAGCACAGGCCAAUAACAAUAAUAACUGGAAGGAAGUGCAAUUACGUAUUAGCGAAAAUGGGGAGAUGUCAAUAACAGGUAUUCAAGAAGACAGGCUCAGUCCUUCACUUCUAGAAAUUGUAAAUAACGAAUCAAAGUACAAAGACGAUGGUGAAGAGGUGGACUCAAAGUCGGUGAAAAACAAUGUGAUCAAAAAAGAAUUGCCUGGGUUAAAGUUCAUUGGGAAAGGGAAUACAACUGUCGAAUCUCCUCCUGUAUCAAUAGCAAAUUCAACCUGUACUUAUAUAUCAACAUCCACAAGCAGUACAUUGAAAAAUGAAUGUUGUAGUCCAUCAACAGUGGAAAAUGUAAAUAGUACAACUAUAUCUACAAAAUCGCAAGAAGCAGUUCAAACAGUCGGUACUUUAAGCUGUAUAUCGAAUACGUCUUGUAACUAUGUACCUAGUUUUUCAAGUACUUGUUCUACAUUGUCAUGUGCUACAACAACCACAGUGUACAGCACCAUCAAUAAUUCCAAGUGUAGCACGAAAAGUGAAGAAAUUCCAUCAGCGCCAUUUGAACCACAGGCAGGUAGUGAUAAAAGUGAUGAAGUUGAGAAACAAUGUAUAGAUGAUAAGAUACCUCCAUCGCAAGAGAAUUCUAAUGUUAAAACUUUGAAAAGAAAACUUGAAGCGAUAGCAGACUGUGAACCUCCUGUAAAGCAGCAGAAACAGACGAUUUUGAAUCACUCAAUAGGGCUGCUGAAUCUCUCCAAUAAUCACCCGUUGAAGAAACAUUCUAAAUUGAAUCGGAACGGUGAAAAUCUCAAAGAUGCUUUGGCUAAGCUAGCAUCGUCCAGUGAUAGUGAAGUAGUCACCAAAACCAGUAAUUCAGUGAUGAAAUGUGUUAAUACGAUCAGUACAAGUGAAAUAACGAUUUCUAAGCUAACUUCUAACAAUAAUAGUUUGUUAAGUGUGGACAGAAGUAGACCAGAAACGCCUGUAUCAAAAUCGUUGAUAAUGUCUACAAAGUCAUCAAUUAUACCUUCUAAGACAAAUGCAAUAACUUACAGUCCAGCUAAACCGCCAUGUUAUAUGCCCCAAGCGAAUUAUAACCCGAUAAUAACGGUGCCGAAGCCAACAACGAGUAUAAGUCAAGUAACAAGGGUGGUAGAAUCGAGGCUUUCUCCCACUACUUGCGCUAGCGUUACUUCACCAGCACCCAGAUUGGAUAAUAAACAAAACAAUACCAGUUGUUCUCAGCAGCAGCCUGUUCAGAAUGCUACCAAAGCAGCAAUAAAAACGAAACCCAGCACACCAAUUGGAUAUAAAACGCUGAGGGAUCCACCUAAAAGUUGGAAUUCUCAGAUAUCGAAGGCUAACUUGUGUAAAACCACCCCUGAACCAAAACCUUCAGAUUUGAAGAAUGUGAGGCCAGCUAAAUUCUUUAAAAUGCGAAACAAUAUUCCACGAUAUCUAGGUAACCCAGCCUCCGGUGUAAAACCCAUGUACCAAGUACAUGUUAGCCCAGAUAAAGAUAAGAGCCAAGAUGUGAACAAAAUGGAAAAAAGUGAAAUAAAAAAGCAUUCAAUCGUCAAAAUCGAUCCAAAAACACUGAAACCUAUAUCCGAAAAAGCCCCAGAAACGACAAGCUUAAGCAACCACAUUUCCACUAGUCAAAGUUUAACUAAUCACAAUCUGGCAAACCUGAACUACACAAACCAGAUUCACAACAUCCCUAUCAAAAGUAAUCCGAAGAUAAAUAUCCAUAGUGAUCUGAGGAUAAAUACCAGUUCGGUGUCUAUAUUCAGCCCGUUGAAGCUGCAAAGUUCACCUAAAAAUGACAGGAAAUCUCCGAAAAGUCCGCACUCUCCUAAGCAUAAGGCGACCAGCUCACCAACGGGAAGUAAACGAGAAAAGGCAAAUCUGAAUUUUACUCCCGCAAAUCCUUUCAUUCCGAAUUUAACAUCACCAACGAUGAGUCCGAAUCAGUUCUUAUAUCCCACCGGCCCCCCUGGUUUUCCACCUUACGAUCCCAGAGUGAUGGCCGCUUAUCAUAAUCUGUGGUACGGGCCGAGGAUGUCCUUUCCCACAGCUCCGAUACCGGGGUUGAACCUGAACCUGGAGAUGCUGUCUUCACCUUCUAGUCCUAAAAUGGGUGCCUUAUCUCAGACUAUACAUAAUCAUCAGAUUCCAAGUAGACCUCCUUCAACCACUUCUCCAAACAUAUCUCCAUUAUCAAGAACACAUAGGUUGCUUCCAUCCCCAACUAUGUCAAAGCCUGUAAAUUCAAAUAAAAGAAGUUCUAGGGAGUCAAAAAAUGAAAAGAGCUUGCAAAAUGCUGUCGAGAAGUUGACACAAAAUAGAAAACAAAAGCCGGUUGGAAAUGAAUCGAGUGCUUCCAGUGGUGUUACAAUGCAAAAGCAAGGAAAGAAUGUAAAGGCAGAACAAUCGAAAGUAUCCAAAGUAAUCGAAGAAACUCCAAAAGAAAUUGUUACUAAUGAGAAUGACAAAGUGGCAACAUCAGAAGGACAAGAAGCAUUGCCUGCUUCAACUCUUUCAACCGUGGGUCCUGAGUUAUCUGUAACAAAUUCUCUAACAUCUGAAUCAAAACCUUCUUCAAAUCAUCCAUCGAAAGGUGAUGGAGAACGGAAUACCUCCCAAAUUGAUUCUACUAAUGAUGUUGUUCAAUCUUCUGUGGCCUCACGUGGAAUAACAGAUUCAGGCCAAUCUUCAGAGGAACUUCAUUUGCAAAGUUCCGACAUGAAAGUGGACAAUUCGAACUUGAACCUUUCUGAAGCUCAUCUGUCUUUGAAAGAGGAAAAAUUGGCUGAAAUUGUUUCGUUAUCUGAAGGAGCAGAAAGUAAUAAUAAAUUGGAGGAAAACUUGUUAUCUCAAUCUGAGAAUAAUGGAUUGGAGGAAUGCAAACCACAAAAAGAAUCUUGUAUAAAUAAAAAAAAUAAAGAGGAAAUAUUGGGAUCAAGUAAUGUUAGGAACAAAAAAAAUGGUGAUAGUGAUAAUGAUAAAGGCAGUGAGGAGGUUUCUACAGAAGAUUACCCAAAAUAUCUUGGAUUUCAGUUUUUCUAG